UAGCGAGAAUAGAUAUGACGGCACUCGCCUCGAACGGUGGGCGCUGAUGAAGGUGCUAAAUCCCCCUCCCCUAGCUUGUGUACUCGUCUCGGAGAAAAGCCUAGGCCCUGGAUAUCGGGGUUUGAUUGAACAGAUCCUGCAGCGCCCUUCGAGCUGGAGAGGAUCCUUGGGAGGGUGGUGCUUGGGAGUACAAGCUGCACGGGGUGCCACAUGAGAUACAGAGACUCGCAUCAUGCACAUGCUAUGGAUUAGAAGCCGAAGUAAAUCACAGGACAUACAUGAGCUAAGCCAUAAAUUCAUGGGCCGAUGUCCCUGGGCUAAGAUUGUUGCAUGGUUCGACGAACUCUGCAGUUCCAGACAGCUCGCUUAUACAUAAGCCGGCCAAUAGCAAACGACCAUUCGUGGGUAGCAACCAGAUAUGAUGAAGAGUUGUUCAACGAAUCCUGGAUAAAGUGGGCGUGCUGAAGUUGAGCGAACCUCGGGAAACAUGGAUGACGUGACAAAGAAUCGUCACCUCACGUUACCGUGUCAACAUUGAUGCAGACGACAAACAAUCUUGUUUGCAUUUCGUCAACCAGCCUGCACCCCACCAGCAUGUUCAGCAGUUCUCCCAGACCCCCGGUCGCGUCCCCCGCGUCGCGCUACACGUCUCCUGCCCUCUCCUCCCGCUACUCCACCCCUGCAAUUGCGUCGCGCUACACUUCGCCCAACACACCUUCCACUCCUUCAUCAUACGCGCCGGCUACCCCAGACAACUAUCGCUUGAAGCGCCUCAGCUUCUCUCCCGAACUGCUCAAGUCUGAUUCCUCCCGCAACUGGCGCUCUCGUGCAUCCCGAAAUGGAAUCCGCGUCGAAGAGGAUGAAGACGUCGAUAGCGAUGUCGACGCGUCGUUCGAUGGCCCGUUGCUUCCCCCGUUCUUGACUGCCCCGCGUCGUCGCGCGCUAUCGUACGCGUCAGAAAACCUGCCUCAAACUCCACCUCGCAACCCGCAGCUUGCGGCGCAUUUACGCUUCAAAGGAAGCGUCACUGCGCCUGCCCAUGAAAGACGUGCAUUUGGUCUGAAAUCUAAUCUCCCCGACGUAGACGAAAUGCAUGAGGGCUUCCACUGCGAAUCCAUCUACGAUGACGACGAACAGGAUCCUGAGCCGCCCCGGUCGUAUACCCAUUGUUCCUCGUGUGCUGUCGCCUCCAAACAGCUCGCGUUGCUGACUCCAUGCAGUCAUGCACUGUGUCCUGCUUGUCUCACCUCCGCUCUGAACAUCGUCGAUCAGCUGUCGAUGUGCUGUGUUGUUUGUAGAGCGACUGUCGUGACAUUUGGUCUCGUCCGCCCUCCCUCUGCUCCAGAACUCGAAGACAGCUUCCUGCGCCCCUUCUCUCCUCCCUCCACUCCAUGUGCAGCCGAAGAUCCCGUCGUGCUUCGUAUCGAUAAUGUCCCUUGGGAUAUUACUCCUCCCGCCAUUCUCGAAUUCCUUGGCAUGUCUCGGGAAAACGGCGCGCGCGCAUAUGUCCUCCUGGAUCGUUUGGGAAAGACACUUUCGCACGCAUUUGUUGAGCUUCCGAACGAGAUGGUUGCUCGUUCCGUGCUCCGAGGGGAAAAUCGUGCCGCCCCAGUGCUUGGCUCUGGUCGCCGGGCUCGAGCGGUGACCCUCACGCGCUCUUCCCAAUCAGCGCUCAUGACAUCUAUAUUUCCAUCUUGGGCUGGAGCUUUCGAUGGACCGGCACCCUCAUUGGCUGGUGUCGCUGGCUCGUCCGUACCUGACGCUCUGGAAGGUGGACUCAUGCGCGAGACCGAACUCACCGACCUCUUGUGGCUUAUGAGGAGCCAGGAUGCGCGCUUCGUGAAGGUGCCUGCCCUUCCCUUCUACGCUUUGAUUGGUAUCUUGGCCAAGUUCCCUACCGACCGAGACAGCCGCGUGUUUUGGACCGUUGCGCUGCGUGAUUUGCUCUAUGACGUGACAUUUGCUGCCAUCCAAACGCUCCGAGGACGUCCACCCAGCCAAGAGAACACGGAUGUGAUCAAGGACAUGGUAGAUACCGCCCUGAGAUGCC